AAUGUGGAUAAAAAGUGGAAUAUACAUUUCUUCAAGAAGCACUAUGGAGUAGUUAUAGUUGGUAUACUGGUAGUUGGUGCUAUAUUUUAUCUUUUAUGCACUUUGAACGAGAAAGAAAAUCAAAAAGACAACGCUGAGACCAUAAAGAGCGGUGAAAGAAGAUUUUAUAUCGACUACGAAAACAAUGAGUUCAUCAAAGACGGCAAAGUAUUUCAAUACGUCUCAGGAUCAUUGCAUUACUUCCGAGUGCCCAGAUCAUAUUGGCGUGAUAGAAUUCGCAAAAUGAAAGCUGCGGGUCUGAAUACUGUUUCGACUUACAUUGAAUGGAGUUUUCACGAACCAUAUUCAGGUAUUUACGAUUUUGACGGGCAAGCUGACUUUGAGCAUUUUUUAACGAUAUUGAAAGAAGAAGAUAUGUUAGUACUUAUCAGACCCGGGCCGUUCAUUGCAUCCGAAAGAGAUUUCGGUGGUCUUCCAUAUUGGUUAUUAAAAGACCAUAAUAUACACCUGAGAUCUUCAGACUCAAACUAUACAAAGUAUGUAGAACGAUGGUUUUCUGUAUUAAUGCCAAAAAUAGUACCUUUUUUGUAUGGAAAUGGAGGUAACAUUAUCAUGGUACAAAUAGAAAACGAAUAUGGAGUCAAUGAUUUAGGAUAUUGCGAUAAAAAUUACAUAUUAUGGCUUAAGAAUUUGACAGAAUAUUAUUUUGGCGAUAACGCUGUCUUCUUCACCACUGAUCAAUGUGAACUGUCUGCAAUGCAAUGUGGCCAUAUACCAAAUGUACUCUCUACAGUCGAUUUCUUGCCAACGGCUAAUGUUACCGAGUGUUUCAAGAUUUUGAGACAGGUACAGAGGAAUGGGCCUUUAGUCUGUUCUGAGUUUUACACGGGUUCGGUGGCAUAUUGGAAUAUAUCACGAUCACCUGUAUAUUCAACAGACAUAAUAAAAGGAUUGAAAUAUUUUUUCUCAAUUAAUGCAUCGUUCAACUUACUCAUGUUCCACGGCGGAACCAAUUUUGGAUUAAAAACAGGAGCUAGUAGUACAAAUAAUAUAUUGGAUUUAGAGAGAGCGGGUUACUUGCCUCAAUUGACUUCGUAUGAUUUUACGGCUCCUCUUGACGAAGCAGGUGAUCCGACUGAAAAAUAUUUACAUAUUAAACAGACUCUUAAAGAAGCGAAUUACCCAACCACUUCGACGCCUAAACGGGCUCCAAAAGGAAAUUAUGGAACAGUGAAUUUAUCACCAGUGAUAAGUCUAUUAGAUCAAACUUCAAGACGGCUAAAACCUAUUAAAAACGAAAUACCAUUAAGCUUUGAAGAUAUGGAUUUAAAUUAUGGGCUAGUGUUAUACGAAACUAAUUUGCCUCCAGUCGAACGAUUAACCCACUUACCACUAGUCAUCGAGGUUCUUCAUGAUCGAGCGAUUAUUUUUUUAAACUAUACGAAAAUAGGAACUUUGAGCCGAUCCAAUGGAGAUACUAUGUUGGAAAUGCCUACAACUAACUGUAGUCAGAAACUAAGCAUUCUAGUUGAAAAUCAAGGCAGAAUUAAUAACCUCAAGUUUUUAAAAGAUAGAAAGGGAAUUUUGUCGAAUGUGACCCUUGGAAAUCAUACCCUAGGUCCAUGGGUUAUGUUUGGAUAUCCAUUGAAUGAUACAUCAUGGUUGGAAUCUCAAAUAUUGCAGCCUGGCGUGAGUGCACCUGCAUUUUACAGAGGAGUUUUCACUAUACCACAAAAUAAUAGUUACCCUGAACCUUUAGACACAUAUUUGGAUACAACUGGAUGGUCAAAAGGCAUUGCAUUCAUCAAUGGCAUACAAAUUGGAAGAUAUUGGCCAGAAGUCGGCCCACAAAUUACACUUUAUGUGCCAGCACCAUUUUUAGUUCCUGGAUUAAACACCAUUGUUAUGUUGGAACUCGAAAAACCAUCACAAGAUUUUACAGUUAAAUUAGUUAAUAAGCCUCGCUUGGAUUUUUAGUUUCAAUUUAUUAAAACUAAUUUAAUUUUACUACAAAGAAA